AUGAGCACAACAGUAGACAAGCAAGAACUCCUCCGCCUCGGAGACUGGAUGCCCACAGACCCCAGCGUCCAGCAAGAAUGGCUCGCAAACAUUGUCUCCGUCGCAGAAAAAGAGCCAGCCGACCUGCAUCCCGUCCUCUGUGAAUUUGGCCAAUUAAUCGAGUCCGACUCUGUCGUGAACGACCUCUUCACCUCGACAUUCAAGGAGCUCCCGAGCAAGCGACUUUUUAGCACCAACCAAGCCCCGAAAUCCCCUCCAAUUCGAGACUAUAAACAUUUCUUGCAAGUGUUGAACAAGCUGCUCACGACUGCACCGACAUGGACCGACGCGCACAACCGAGUCGGGGUCGUGGGGAUGCCGAUCAACGCGGUCCUCGAUUGGCCGCUUGGCGCAUCGAGUGGACUCACGGCAUUCCUGAACCCCGCUGUGAACGGGAUGAUAAAGAAGGUUCUUAAAGCAUGGGGUCAAAUUCUCAAGUCGCCUGAGUCGGCGACUGUGCUUAACGAUACCUCUAACGUAACCGACCACCGAGCUGGCCGGACCACCGAGCUGGCCAGCUGGCCGCCGCCUACCGCCGAAUCGUACUAUAUAGUAUACACUGAUUUUGAAGCCUUUCUCCCCAGAAAAUUGAUAUAUAUUAUCCAUAAAAACAAUAGACUAUUUCUCAGGACAUUUUAG